CCGUCUGGAUUGGAGCUGAGGCGUCUGUGAACCGAGGGCGGCCGCAGUCCUCUGACCUGGGCACCACAGCUCUGUCUCUCCGGACUCAGGAACGUGUGGUGGAGUCCAUACCCUCCGAAGCGGCUCAGCAACGUCCACUGCGCACCUGAUCCACCUACUUUGAUGCAGCAGUGAAGAGCCCGGGGUCCCUAGCUCCCCGAAAAACACCUGCAGGGUGUGGAAGCGGUCGUGGAGGACCAGGAGGAGGAAGCGCAGGGGACUGAGGCGUCGGGGGAGGCAGCGGAGGCGACGCACGAGCGGUGUCUGCGGAGGGGGACCGAGCAGCGAGAGGCAGCGUCCGGCGCCUGGUUCGUGCGCCCGGACAGAGCCCCGGGGCGGGACGGCGUGGGAACGCGGCUGGUCGGCAGGGCACCACGUCCUCGCCACCAUGCUCCGACUCCUCUUGGCUUUCUUUCCAGCCAUCUUUUUGGAGAUGUCCCUUUCUCCCACAAGCCCGGACAGGAAAACGUUGCUGGCAAGUGCUUCUUCUCAGCGGUCUGUGGCCAGAAUGGACGGAGAUGUGAUCAUUGGAGCCCUCUUCUCCGUCCAUCACCAGCCCCCCGCCGAGAAGGUACCCGAAAGGAAGUGUGGGGAGAUCAGGGAGCAGUAUGGCAUUCAGAGGGUAGAGGCCAUGUUCCACACGUUGGAUAAGAUCAACGCGGACCCGGUCCUCCUGCCCAACAUCACCCUGGGCAGCGAGAUCCGGGACUCCUGCUGGCACUCCUCGGUGGCCUUGGAGCAGAGCAUUGAGUUCAUCAGGGACUCUCUGAUUUCCAUUCGCGAUGAGAAGGAUGGGCUCAACCGCUGUCUGCCCGAUGGCCAGACCCUCCCCCCAGGCAGGACUAAGAAGCCCAUAGCUGGUGUGAUCGGCCCGGGCUCCAGCUCCGUAGCCAUUCAAGUCCAGAACCUUCUCCAGCUGUUCGACAUCCCCCAGAUCGCCUACUCUGCCACCAGCAUCGACCUGAGCGACAAAACUUUGUACAAGUACUUCCUGAGGGUUGUCCCUUCUGACACUUUGCAGGCGAGGGCGAUGCUCGAUAUAGUCAAACGUUACAACUGGACCUAUGUCUCUGCAGUCCACACAGAAGGGAAUUACGGUGAGAGUGGAAUGGACGCCUUCAAAGAGCUGGCUGCCCAGGAAGGCCUGUGCAUCGCGCACUCCGACAAGAUCUACAGCAACGCCGGCGAGAAGAGCUUCGACCGGCUCCUGCGCAAGCUCCGCGAGCGGCUCCCCAAGGCCAGGGUGGUGGUGUGCUUCUGUGAGGGCAUGACAGUGCGUGGGCUCCUGAGUGCCAUGCGGCGCCUGGGCGUCGUGGGCGAGUUCUCCCUCAUCGGAAGUGAUGGAUGGGCAGACAGAGAUGAAGUUAUUGAAGGUUAUGAAGUGGAAGCCAAUGGGGGCAUCACGAUAAAGCUGCAGUCUCCAGAGGUCAGGUCAUUUGAUGAUUACUUCCUGAAACUGAGGCUGGACACCAACACAAGGAAUCCCUGGUUCCCGGAGUUCUGGCAACACCGCUUCCAGUGCCGCCUGCCAGGACACCUUCUGGAAAAUCCCAACUUUAAAAAAGUCUGCACAGGCAAUGAAAGCUUAGAAGAAAACUACGUCCAGGACAGUAAGAUGGGAUUUGUCAUUAAUGCCAUCUAUGCCAUGGCACAUGGGCUACAAAACAUGCACCACGCCCUUUGCCCCGGGCAUGUGGGUCUGUGUGAUGCCAUGAAGCCCAUUGAUGGCAGAAAACUCCUGGACUUCCUCAUCAAGUCUUCAUUCAUCGGUGUGUCUGGAGAGGAGGUGUGGUUCGAUGAGAAGGGGGAUGCUCCUGGAAGGUAUGACAUCAUGAACCUGCAGUACACCGACGCCAGCCGCUAUGACUACGUACACGUGGGAACCUGGCAUGAGGGCGUGCUGAACAUUGACGACUACAAAAUCCAGAUGAACAAGAGUGGGGUGGUGCGGUCGGUGUGCAGCGAGCCGUGCUUAAAGGGCCAGAUUAAGGUCAUACGGAAAGGAGAGGUGAGCUGCUGCUGGAUCUGCACGGCCUGCAAGGAGAAUGAGUUUGUGCAGGAUGAGUUCACCUGCAGAGCCUGUGACCUGGGAUGGUGGCCCAAUGCCGAGCUGACAGGCUGUGAGCCCAUCCCCGUGCGCUACCUGGAGUGGAGCAACAUCGAGUCCAUCAUAGCCAUCGCUUUUUCUUGCCUGGGCAUCCUGGUGACCAUGUUUGUCACCCUUGUCUUUGUGCUGUACCGGGACACACCUGUAGUCAAAUCUUCCAGUCGAGAGCUCUGCUACAUCAUCCUGGCUGGCAUCUUCCUGGGCUACGUGUGCCCUUUCACUCUCAUUGCCAAACCGACCACCACAUCCUGCUACCUCCAGCGCCUCUUGGUUGGCCUUUCUUCAGCCAUGUGCUACUCCGCUUUAGUGACAAAAACCAACCGUAUUGCACGCAUCCUGGCUGGCAGCAAGAAGAAGAUAUGCACCCGGAAGCCCCGGUUCAUGAGUGCCUGGGCCCAGGUGAUCAUUGCCUCCAUCCUGAUUAGUGUGCAGCUGACACUGGUAGUAACCUUGAUCAUGAUGGAGCCUCCCUUUCCCAUCCUGUCCUACCCCAGUAUCAAAGAGGUCUACCUUAUCUGCAAUACCAGCAACCUGGGUGUGGUGGCCCCCGUGGGCUACAACGGUCUCCUCAUCAUGAGCUGCACCUACUAUGCCUUCAAGACCCGCAACGUGCCAGCCAACUUCAACGAGGCCAAGUACAUCGCCUUCACCAUGUACACCACCUGCAUCAUCUGGCUGGCUUUCGUGCCCAUUUACUUUGGGAGCAACUACAAGAUCAUCACCACCUGCUUUGCAGUGAGCCUCAGCGUGACGGUGGCCCUGGGCUGCAUGUUCACUCCCAAGAUGUACAUCAUCAUCGCCAAGCCCGAGAGGAACGUCCGCAGUGCCUUCACCACCUCGGAUGUAGUCCGCAUGCACGUUGGUGAUGGCAAGCUGCCCUGCCGUUCCAACACUUUCCUCAACAUUUUCCGAAGAAAGAAGCCGGGGGCAGGGAAUGCCAAUUCUAACGGCAAGUCUGUGUCAUGGUCUGAACCAGGUGGACGACAGGCGCCCCAGGGGCAGCACGUGUGGCAUCGCCUCUCUGUGCACGUGAAGACCAACGAGACGGCCUGCAACCAAACGGCCGUCAUCAAACCCCUCACUAAAAGUCACCAGGGCUCUGGCAAGAGCCUGACCUUUUCCGAUGCCAGCACCAAGACCCUUUACAACGUGGAAGAGGAGGACGAUGCCCAGCCAUCCCGCUUCAGCCCCCCAGGCAGCCCUUCCAUGGUGGUGCACCGACGUGGGCCAUCUGCGGUCACCACGCCACCCCUGCCGCCCCACCUGACCACAGAGGAGACCCCUCUCUUCCUGGCCGACCAAGCCACCCCCAAGGGCUUGUCCCCUCCCCUCCCGCAGCAGCCGCAUCCCCAGCCCCAGCAUCCGCAGCAACAGACGUCCCUGCUGGACCAGCUGCAGGGAGUGGUCAGCAAAUUCAGCACUGACCUCCCGGACUUGCAUGCGGUGCUGGCAGGCCCCGGGGGUCCCGGGAACGGGCUGAGGUCUCUGUACCCGCCCCCGCCACCCCCACAGCACCUGCAGAUGCUGCCCCUGCAGCUGAGCACCUUCGGGGAGGAGCCCGUGUCCCCGCCGGCCGACGAGGACGAGGACGACAGCGAGAGGUUUAAGCUGCUGCAGGAGUUCGUGAACGAGCGCGAAGGGAACACCGAGGACGACGAGCCCGAGGACGAGGACGAGGAGGACGGGCCGGCCGCCAGCAAGCUGACCCCGGAGGCUUCACCUGCCCUGACGCCUCCGUCGCCUUUCCGAGACUCGGUGGCCUCGGGCAGCUCCGUACCCAGCUCCCCCGUGUCCGAGUCGGUGCUCUGCACCCCGCCCAACGUGUCCUACGCCUCGGUCAUCCUGAGGGACUACAAGCAAAGCUCGUCCACCCUGUAGGGAGGUGGUGUCCCCAUGAAGAAGCCAGAUAGCCACAGGGCUCCGACCUCCCUCCUGACGGGUGCAGCAAAGCCCGGGCUUGGAAGGCAAGGCCACCCCUGCUGGGCAAGAGGGAGGGAACCAAGGUCGCUGCCACCUUAAGGACGGAGAGGCGAGAUGGCAAACAAACAGUGGUCCAGGCCAACACGGGUGACUCCUGAAUUAUUCAAAAGCUUUGUCUAGGAAGAAAGGGAAUUAUGAUAAAGCACAAUUCCAUGUGGUAUGUAACGUCUAUUGCAAAAAAAAAAGAAUAUAUAUAUAUAUAUAUAAAACAAAAAAUGAAAUCAACAAAAUAAUCUCUUUUUUUGCACAUUCGUGCACACAUAUAUCCACCCACUCACCCUUGCACUAGCUGGAAGGGGGCCGGCUCCUGUGGUCAUGGCAGUUGAAUCAUUACUUCAUAUUAUGACAAACUAAGGAUGAGAGAACAAGUUCGAAGUGGGGACAGGACAAAGGUCCUUCUCCAUGUCGGGCCUGCAGACGCAGCGUCCUUGGGAGAGUGACCUCAAAGUCGGGCCUCCCCUUCACCCCAGAAGUGGUGCAGGUCCAGCCUGAGGUCACACUGGGAGACAGAUGUGAACGCGGGAAGAGCAGAGUAAGAACAAGAUGGCCACCAGAGCACCCCUCCUGGAAAAUACUAAGGAGAAAGCAAACCCAUCCAUCAACAGGGGCCCUCGAGUAAAAUUAGCACUUGGCUCCCCGUGUUCUGUACUUGCUUAUGAACGGUGAUUUUUGGAAAAAGCACGAUCGAUUACUGUGAGAGCUGCAGUGACCUUUAAUGGAUUCACUUGCAUUUGUGCCAAAGGGACUCUACUGCCCUUCAGAGAACGAGGACUCGCCAUGUGGCAAAAAUGUUUCCUUCCUUUUACUGUAGCAAAUAAAAUCAGCCAAUCAGACAUCUAAGGUUCAGUAUGUGUACAACGUGGUGCCAUUGUUUCUCCUGUGUCCUACGGAAACAAACCUAACUUUGAACCUAAUGGCGUACUCAUAGCAACUAUUACUGGUUUAAAUGACAAGAAAUUCCUAUUGUCACUGGCGUCCCCGUAACUAACAAGUGAUUGUGUUCUCUGUGUCCAUGUAUACGUGUGAUUCUACAAUCUGUGCCAUGUAAUGUCAACCUAACUGCAAAUAGAAGACUGUCUUUUGGAUAUAGCGUAAAUAUUUUUUAUGUUCCGAUAAUGUUUUAUACAUCCUGGUCCCCAGUGUCCAUGGAAACUCUUGGAAGGUUUGAGGACUGAGGUCCAGGGUUCCUCACAUGCAGCUCAGACGGAAAUUUCUCUUCUAUGAGGGAAUGUAUUUUUCAGCUAUUCUGUGGUGUGUGGGAAUGUUAUUGAUGAAGUGGUGUGAUGAUUUGUUAUACUAAAAACGGUCACAAAAACCGUGGGCGACAAUAAAAAGUACAUUUUGUAAACUUGCACACAUCGUUAUUAAAGUGUAAGAAUGAAAAGAUGGUAUUUAGAUGACUUCAGGUUCAGAUUAAAAAAAAAAAACUUUCCACUGCUAGGUGAGUUUGAUGGUCUAGCAU